AUGUCGCUAAAAAAGAAGCCUAACACCGAGGGAUCGACGCGGAAUUUUAUCACGAGGACCCAGGCCAUUAGGAGACUGCAGGUCUCACUCCGCGAUUUUCAGCGCCUCUGCAUCAUCAAGGGCGUGUAUCCCAGGGACGUAACCAGAGGAGGCACGGUAACCAGCAAGGGCGUAAACAGGCGCAAGCUGAAGAAGGACAAGGUCUACUACCACGUGAACGACAUACGGAGUCUCGCCUCCGGCGACCUCCUGUCGAAGUUCAGGGACAUAAGCUCGCACCUAAGGCGCUUCAAAAGGCUGGUCGAGAGAGGCGAGCUGUACGACGCGAAACUGAAGGUGAAGACGAAGCCGAGGUACUCGCUGGCCCCGAUCGUGAAGGAGCGUUGCCCCUCGCUGGUCUCUGCGCUUGAAGACAUGGAUGACGCGGUUUCAACCAUAUCCGCAGUGGCAGCGCUCGCCGGUGACGAGUCGAGGGGACUCAAUCCCUCUUUGGUGCUCAAGUGCUCGACGCAGCUAAACCACUUUUUAAAAUACGUAUCAGAUACCGGGUGUUUGAAAAAGACCUUCAUAUCAAUAAAGGGCUUUUAUUUCCAGGCGGUGAUCUUAGGCGUGAACGUAACGUGGAUCAUUCCGCACGCUUUUUCACAGAAUUUACCGGAUGAAGUUGAUUUCAACGUUAUCGCCACGUUUGUGGAGUACUAUCUGGAGCUGGUCAAACUCGUAAACUAUAAGCUGUAUCUCAUGUCCAACAUCGCAUACCCUCCCAAGUUCAAGAAGGGCCUAGAGGACCACGGGGAUGACUUUUACAACAUGGAACUGAGCAGAGUGGCGGAGGAGGAGGGUCUUUUCUCAAACCUGAAGUUCUACGUAUCCAGGGAGGUGCCCCGGGGUCCCACGGCCCUGGUGCUGUUGAGCGCCGGAGGCACCCUCGUGGACGACGAGAAGGAGGCCACGCACGUAAUAAUGGAUAAACCACUGAAAGAAAAACGAUUCAAUUGUCUGUAUUUGCAGCCUCAGUACGUUUUCGACUCCCUGAACUGUAACAUGUUGUUGCCAACGAACCAAUACGCCGUUGGAUCCAAGCUGCCACACCACCUAUCUCCGUUCACCAAGAAUCGAGUUGAACAAACUGAUGGAGGACAGCCUAGAGCUGGAUGGCCGAGGUAUGUUUUAUUUCAAUUCCUGAACGCUGACUCAACCUUAGAAAAAGCAGAGGAGGAUACGUCCAUGAAGCAACUUGAAGUCUUGAGGGAAGAAUUGAACCCUGAACUCAAAAAACUGCGCAAAUCGCUAAUGCCCAAGAAGCAUAAGAGACUUCUUUCGAAGAUCGAGUUUGCGAAGCAGAGGAAGCAGGAGCAGGCGAAAAAGCUGGCAUCUAGAAAAGCAACCUAA